AUGGGCUGUAAUGAUCCCCCUACAUUUACUAUCUGGACGCUUUUUUUGUUCGUGAUGUUUGACAACAGCCAGAAUGUUACAAUUGCUGGAGAAUCGCAAGUCACAAACGUUGGUGGAGACGCAAUCACCCAUUACGCCCCCGUCACUAACCAUAACGGGCCCGUCAUCAACCAUAAUGCGCCCAUCACCAACCAUAAUGCGCCAGUCACCCACCAUUCAUUUCCGGAUCCUUCGACAUUGAAGCGACUCGGACGUUCUUUGGCGCCGCUAGAUGUUCAAUCAAAACUUCCCAAGUGGACGCCAAAAAACCGGCUUUUCCGGGCGAAGCAACGGAAAAGUAGAGCGCUGGACAUUUUAGAGAAGUUUGAUGAUGUUAUGACGCCAGGCACUCUCGCUAGAUGCGAAGAAAUACUUUGCGAAACAAUGUCGGCGGAUAAUAUCGAGGAUAGAGGUUGGCUUUCGUUCCUGUGGGACUCGGAGUACAGGGAUGAGGUUAUCCAUUACACCACAACCAUUAAGAACGCCCACUACUUAGCUCAGACAGACUCGGAGCAUGGAGUCCUGUUGGAAGCAAUGUAUGUUGAAUCAAGUAAAACUUGA